AUGCUCGAAAUGUCAACCUUGCCCGACUUGGGUGUAACGGCAGAAGACUGCGCAUAUCCCGUCGAAGUUUCUCGGCAGCAGGCUCAAGGGCAACAAGGGCCUCAUCCAGCGAGCAGCGACAACCCCGACCUUUCACGAGGAACCCCCGAGUCAAGCGACACACAGACCUCAGAAUUCGUAAGUAAGAUUGCAAAACUUGAAGCAAAGAUCGAGACAAUGGGAUCGAGCCUACAACGGAUUGAAAGAUGCCUCGCUUUGCUAUUAGACAGCAGUAACCUGGGUGGUAUGGGGUUGCCAACAUCUUCCGGACACCCUGAGAGCAGCCCGAGGACAGGGUUUGGGACUGCAGGGCAAGGCACCAGCAGGUUCCAACGUUCGCCGCAAAAUGAUCCUACGCUCGAGGGCUUUGGAACGCCGGAGGAUGUGUUCAUGGCAGUCAUUGAUUCAUACUUUACUUACUGCCAGAACCAGCCGUACUCGUUCUUUCAUGAGGAGACCUUCCGGCAACGUUUGUCCGAACAAGCUAUCCCUAGGCAUCUAGUCCUAGCCGUCAUGGCGACUGCAACUCGAUUCUGUUCGCAUCCGUACUUUUCGGGGCGUGCAUUGGAGAUGUCUGUCGAAUAUGCGAACAGAUCUUGGAAGCUCAUUGUGUCGGACUGUUUUACCGUCGGCAAGGUGGCAGAGGUAUCGACUGUCCAGACGGUCGCCUUGCUAGGCUUGUUCGACUUCACUGCUGGUCGAUUACGCCAUAGCUCAGCGUGGGUCAAAGUCGGCCUAGCCGUCAGGAUCGCACAGGAUUGCGGACUCAUGCUAGAGAACGCAGCGCAUCUCUCGUAUGCGGAACAGGAAGAGCGACGACGGGUGUUUUGGUCAGUCUAUCUGUUGGAUCGCUUGGUCUCCUGCGGCCGUGGUCGACCACCGGCCAUCGUUGACGCGUCGUGCCACGUGCAGCUGCCGUGUGACGAGUCAACAUGGAGAGAGGGCCUAUGGGCCAAAACACAAUCGUUGGACGAGAUGACAAACCGAACGCUUUCAGUAUCUCAACUGCAAUGCCCUUUGGCUCAGGUCAUUGCUAUUGCGCAAAUCCUCGGCCGAUGUGCGCAAUAUGUGCUUCAAGACUUCAACAUCAGAGGCCCAUAUCCACCCUGGGAUCCUGGCUCGGACUUCGCCGGCAUCGAAUCUGAUCUUCUACAUUUUGAAGCGUAUUUGGAGAUACAGAGACCAGUCAAUGAGAUGCUCGCACCUCAUAUCUCGGCUGAAGGAGUAGUGGACAGCCAGUCUUCAGGGCCGAUCAUCUUCUCUCGAGCACUGUUCCAUCUCUGCUAUUGUCUACUCAACCAUCCAUUCUUAUUACGGCGCCGCAUCAACACAUGCCGCAACCUUGCGCCCAUCAGUUUCAUUAAACGGUCAUCUGACCUAGCUUGGAUUCAUGCACAGCAGAUGAUGGCUCUUAUCCGUGAGGCGCGCAAGUUAGGCUGUUCAUUUCACUCUUCAUCCAGCGGCUAUGCGGUGACGGUCGCGGGCUCCAUUAUCGCGUUACGGACCUAUGACGAGGAAUCUUUAGCUUGUGAACAGGCUCAAAUACUGCUUGAAGAGGCCUUUCUCUAUCUGGACAUCAUUGGCCAGCACUGGAGUAAUGUUAGAACAAUGGCUUCGACACUUCGCCGAAUAGUCUACGAUGGGGUUUUAGGACCUCACCUGAACAGCCUCGCGCAAGCUUUGACCUUCACGCCUGCCGAGGAAGAAGCUCUAUGGGCGGUGGUCGACUAUAAUACCAUGUCAAACCAACUCGGCGAAGAUGCGAUAAUGAGUUGGCAGGAAUCAGAUGGCCCAAUGCCAAAUUCGUGGAUUGAUUUGUUUGGUCCCAUUGACUAUGCUUUGCUAUCUAAUUUAAACGCCGCAACUCAAGAGUAA